AUGGCUCAAUCCGGUUAUGGGUACGACCCAUUACAUGGCUACCAUCCACAGGCUCCAUAUGGGCAUCAGCCGUAUCCCUCAUACCCGGCUUCGAUUCACAGUUAUCCAAACGGCACGGUGCAAAACAUUGUACAAAGCGAACCGGCCUCCAGAGAUCCGUAUAAUCCGCACAACGUGAUUCCCGGAUUAGGCCUGAAUUUUUCGCAAAAUGCGGCGCAGUGGCCAGCUCCCUGGGCAGGCCAGCAACAUUCGUUCGGGCAGGCGCCCCCUACUACUGAAGGAAAUGGCCCUUCACAACAAAAUGAUAUGAGCGAGGAAGGAGAAGUCAGCGAAGGUGAAGUCGAGGACGCCUAUGAGCCAAGAGACGCUGAGGUUGUCGCCGACGUAUCAAAUCAACACGGAAAUGGGGGCUACUACUCAGCUGAGUAUGGCAUUGCGCAUGUCAGAAGAGUCGCUGUUGACCCGUCAGCCGCUUUUUCUGCUGCGCUAGGUCGAGAUCGAUCAGGUUCAUAUUCCCCGUACCUAUCCCCCCAAGAAAUCGACCAUCAAGCGAUGACUGAUUCUCCUGAUGAAUCACAUUCGAACAAUAUUGCCCCUGCAAAACCAUCACAGCUGUCUCCCAAAACAAACGGACCGAACCAUACCGCAGCCAACCCAUCACCUGUCAAGAGCGUUGCUACGGCACGGAAACAGGCUCAGGAUGCCAUCUUGCGGCUUUGGCCAUUAAACGUACGAUAUCAAAAUUACGUUGAUGAGGGAAUCGACGAGUCGUUAUUAGGUGGCCUCUUUGACGAACUGGGAUUCGAUAUGGCUCUGCCAGAUAACAUCACGACUACCGAUCCUAGCCAGGAAAAAAAGGCAAAGGCAGAAACAAAAGAUGAGACUCUACCCACCGGUAGCAACCAACGACAACCCGGUGCUGAAGGGAAGCCUGCCAGCGCACCGGUGAAAGACAAGUCAGAGGAGCGCAAGGAUCGCAUUGCGCGACUCCUAGCUGCGAAAAGCUCAAAGCCAAGCACCUCUUCAACCUCGGCUUCAAUUCCUGCUCCAAAGACACAGUCUGAGAAAUCAAAGCUUUUAUAUCAGAAGAUGGAGGCCCUGCGGAAAGCUCGUGAGCUUGAGGCGCGAGGACAAAAGCGACCCCAUCAAGACGUGCUCUCUCGCCAAACCCACCAAGCAAAGGACAAUGCCACGGCCACCGCUUCCUUCGAUACGUCCACCAGUGGCAUUCGAUCUGCCUCGCGGGAACAUACGCCGGGCCAAAGCGAAAGCCCCAAUGGACCGUUUUCCCUCCCCAUUCCUGGACUUUUUCUGUCCUCCACGCCACAGCCCUCGCACUUUGCACAAAUAUCGAAUUUGGAACGCCCAGCUUCUACGAGUGUGGUGGAUUCUAACCCGAGGCCAUUCAAACGUCCUUUCGGCCAGACCAGAAGAUCUCGUCCAUUCCUCAUUGAUGUCAGCGACGAUGAAGAUGAUACUGAAAUGGAUCUUGAUUCUCCUGAGCAGAAGGUGGUGUCGCUAGCUACGAGGCCCAACCCAAAUCUGAAGACUUCUAUUUCUAUGCGCAGCAUCCCAUCAGUUACAGACAACGCAGCUGCAGCACAGCAAUAUUCGAGCCCACUGGCAACACCACCUGGCAGUGGCAGUGACAAUCACGCAAGAAAUAACCUGGACAGCAUGACCAAGAAGAUUGAGGACAUGAAAAGAAGAAUCGCAGAGGCUGAGGCUCGUAAGAAGGCAAGGCAGUCGCAACCAGAUUCACCGGCUCUACCAACAUUGAAUGGUGAUUCUCUUAAUAGCAGUUUUGAGACAGCCAUUGCCAACAAGGAUACGAUUUUACCUGUAUCGCUAUCUAUUGAACCUGGAGGAGUUUCUCAUUCGACGCCUUCAGUAUCUGGGCCAUCCCCUAGAGUGCCGCAUCAGUUAUUGGAUUUGAGUCCCCUAAGUGUAAACGAACGACGACGUAGUCGAUCGCGUGCGGCAAGCGAGCGUCUUCCCGCCAUCGAAGCUCGCCGUCGGGAGCAACAGCUCAAAUUGCAACUGUUGCAGGCUCAAGUUGCAAACAUUCAACGCGAAAUUCAACAAAGCCUAGAAGAAGAAGAGAAAUUAAAGGAGGAUGUUGACAUUGAGUCAGACAGUGAACAAACGCGAGAGCGGCAAGGUGAAGCUCAGACUCCUUCUAAACCACCAAGUCCUUCCUCUCCGGUAACAGACACAAUGGACAUUGCGAGCACCUCUCCUCAAAGCAAUAAUGUUUCUCAACAUGGCCGAGAGGCUUUCGUACACCAAACCGAGGAAUCACGGGAAGAGCAACAGCCCGGUAUGCCCUUGAUGGCGCAGGCUGAGCAAAGUCUACCGACCGAUUCCCAAGCCGCUAAUGCUGCAACUGUACUCGCUGAGGACGACAACCAAGAGGCUAUUCAAAGCGCCAUGUCGACACACGACGACAACACUGCAACAUUAGCGGAUGAAGCGCAAGACGUGGCCAUGUCGGAAAGUGGCGAUUCCGACAAUGCAGACUCUGAAGACGGAUCUGACGACUACGAGCCUCCAGAUGUUGAAGUAUCUAGCUCCUCAAAGAAUCUUUCACGAGCGUCAACCCCGUUUAGUCCCGCACCGGCUGAUCUAGUUUCAAUCCCCGAAACGAGCCCCAGUGGCUUCCAAGAUCAAGAUCAUACGACAGAUGCUAUUGCCACGCAACAGAUAUCGACAGUUGAACAGGAUACAGCUUCUGAAAGUGGAAGAGAAGUAGACGUUGCCCUGCACGCGAACGACCGACCAUUAUAUCUAAUUACUAAUCAGGUUGACCAAGUAAGUGAGGCGGCUCCGGCCUCAGCUCCAGCCUCUGAUACCCUCCAGACCACUUUUGUACCGUAUGAAUCGCCCCUUCGAUACUUUCGCGCAUAUCGCUUCCAUCCAGAGUAUUCCCAAUCCGUCGCUGGCGGUCUUCGCUCUUUAACAUACAGCAAUAAAAUAGACGUGAAGCAGGAGAUGUGCCCUGAUGAGCUGGCAAAUAGCAAUUGUCCGAGGGGCAAAGAGUGCCAGUUUCAACAUUUCGAGAGCAUGCAGGCUCCGGAUGACCAAAUCCUCCUCCAGCUCGGCGCUCACGGCGACUUUGAGGAGCAGAAGAAACACGAGUACAUCAACGGGCUACGUCAUCUCUUGACAGACUUUCGCAACCGCAAAGUCAAGGACUUUCAAACCAUCAGCCAGGGUAUCAUUGACUACCGAGCCCAAUUCCUUGGAGACAGGAGCAAGAUUCUCCCUCUGGGUGGCGUUACGAUUUGA